UGUAGUUUACAUUUGGUCAAUAUAUCAAUGUAGAGGAUUACGCUUUUACACUCUUAAAGAUUCACUGUACUGGUCUGUUAUUGUUAGCCUCGACGUGAGAGCUUAAGUGGUACUAAACGUUCAAAUGAGCACUGAAAGUCCAAACGGAAAUUUGAAAUGUUACCUGAAACAAUAAUGGAGUUAAUGGCAUGUUAAUUGGAUACAGAUAACAUGGAGAUAAAAUAGUGUCAGCUUUAUGAAGAAAAUGGAAAUAUAGUGCCCUGGCUUAGUACAAAAGGCAUAAACGUUGGCGUUACUAUGGCUUUAUUUGUCAAUCAGUCUAAGACUUUGGAAGACUUCCUGGCAACAGAUGACCUGUUUGUGGAGUACUUCAACAUCUUCCUGGCCCUCCCUACCUUCCCAGAGCCACUAUGUUUCAACAAGGACACAGGUGGCUUCGAAGUGGUCAGUCAUGCGAAGAAAGAACUCGCGCAGAAGAUCAAGGAGGCCCUGCGUUCUCAGGCGAGAAAACUGAAAAUUUACCGGGUCGCGAAGAAACACAGCUUCAUCAAUAUCCCACUGAUCCCCAUAGAAGAUGAUAAAGAACCGAAAAAUCAGGAAAUUCAUACAAGUUUUUCUGUGACUACACUAAACAAAGAGCAAGGCAUUCAUUGGGUGAAAGCCGAGCGCCUUCCCUCGUUCCUCGAGAGUGACCUCUAUCUGGAGUAUCGUCUGUCAAAACUUCUCGCUCAGGCGCGGGUGACCGGGGAACAGGGGGAAUAUGUCCUCAUGAAGAUCGACUUUAAACCCAAGGUCAAAAAGGCAAAAAAGAAAAAAGAUGAAGAAGAGGUUCCUGUGGAUCCACGUGAAGAGUUGAUGGCAGAUAUGUACGUGUGUAUGGGAAAUGCCCCAACUACUGAUACUGACUCGUGGUAUGCAACUGCGAAAGUUGCAACAGAAAUGGCUACAACAGCGGCCGGUGGUUCGCGUCCAAACAGUGAGCGAGUUCGACCUCUGUCUAGUACACGUCCAACUAGCGCUAGACCAAUGAGUGCGUACAGCGAUGCGUAUCAUAGAUCUGAUAGUGGCUUAGGCACUUCAUCAAUUAAUAGUUCAGCAAAGAAUGUGUCCUACGGUUCGAGAUAUCAUUCAGCUCGAUCAGAUGAUGAUAUCAUGUCGAGUAAAUUGUACGAAGGGAAGCAUGUACCUAGGAUUACAGAUGAACUAUGUGUUGUUGGUAAAGAUCGGCCUCAUAGUUCUGUUGUUUAUUCUAUUCCUAAGCGAGAUCCUAACCUUGAAUCUCUCGAUGAUGAUGAUCUAGGAAUAAUUAAUGAUGAUCUAAGAGAAAAGGAUGAUGAAAAAGACUCGGGUAAAGGUGAUGAUGAAAACGCAGACGAAAGUAUGGAAGCUGAUGUUCCAAAAAGUGUAACUGUUAAAAACAUUGAUGAAGUUGGUUCUAUUAUUGUUGGAGUUGUAUUGAAAAAAGCAAUAGAAAAACUUACAAAUAUGGAUGAAAGUGAUAUAGAAAAUCUACCAGAAAUACAGCAUGUAUUCAAAAACAAGGACGUUGCAAAUUUGACUGUAGAAAUGUUGGACAAAGUCACAUUCAUUGAAGAAGGUGCCAAACCAGUGGAUGGUGUUGAGAAGAAGGAGACAGAACAGAAAAUAACUGAACAGAUGAGGAAAAACCUAGAUGAGGAAAGUGACGUUGAUUCAUUGCUGGAUAGCGAAGAAGAUUAUGAAGAGUCUGACCUGUUUUUCCGCAAGCAUAAACACAAGACUUACAGCUUAAGCUCAAGGAAAGGGGUGGACCAGUUUAAGAAGUUUUUAAAGGGGACGCUUGGGGAGAGAAAUUGGAAACUGUGGGUGGAUAUUGACAGGAUGAGGCUGAUGGCUGCCGAGGACAUUCCACUGUACCUGUGCUGGCUACGUGAAAGGUUCCACAAGCCUGGGGCGGAGUUCGAACUUUCCCCAGAACAGAAAUACCAGCUAGGCCUUCACGAGCCCUCGGCCUGGACGCUGGAUAAACUACUCAACAUUCAGAACCUCAUUGCCGAACCUCUGGUGCUGUACUGGGCUCCUAGAUUUCUUCUGAAGCAGAUGAUGCGCACAAACCCUGACCGUAACCUGCUGUAUACACACAUGAAGCAUGUGAAAACUCCAGCAGGAAUUGAUCCUUCCCCACCCACUGCUUCUCUCCUCCCCCUGCGACCCAAAUCUUGUCUUCCAAGGGUCAGGCAGCAGGAAACUAGUAUCACCUUUCAAGAUCAGUUCCAUGGGCUGCAGAAUGACCAACCAACCCUGUCAGACACCUCACCGCCUGUCGGCCUGAAGCGUACCUAUGCCGAGCCAACCCUGAAAUUCAUCGCCAACUGGCAGAGAGAGCAGAGUGUACACACACAGCUUCUGUCUCCGAGCCUACAAAUAGACCGGACAUCUACGCCACGACUGAAGCGCCCUGUUUCUGCAAAGACACCAAAGUCUAUGCUGAACGUGUCCAUGAUGCAGCGCCCUAAAUCCGCAGUGGUGAAGUCCAUGGAUGGUCUCUCCAACUCCAGGCGGCCCUCUACAGCACGCUCCUCAAUAUCACGAGUAUCUGUAGAGUCAGCGACAGGAAGGGUACGGAUAAAGUCACCCACCAAACAGUCCACUCCACGGUCUAGGCCAUCGUCAGCUGCUUCUAGUAUAGCUAGUGUCAGGUCCGAAGACUUAGAAUCUAUUGAGUCAGAGUUUCUUGGUGGAGAGAGAAUGGAGCACAUGUUACAGGCUCUCCAUAAGGAAAGUGAAGCUGGAGGUUUCUUCCGCAGAUAUGUGGAGCGCAGUAACUGUAAGACAUGGCUGGACAACUUGAAUCUGUGGCGUGCGGUACAGGACUACCAUAUACUGUUCUACUGCAAGUUCCUUGACCCCUACAUUGUGCGCAAAAAGGCUAAGUCCAUUUACUCCAAGUAUAUAACUGUCGGAGCUCAACGCCAUAUAGGCCUGGAUGGAGAAGCGUGUAAGGAUAUCCGCGCUCACCUGGACCCGCCGUUUGAGGAACUGUUUGACGCGGCAGAGGAACAUGCUAUUAUGGUUGUACAUCAGGCUUGGCAGGAAAUGUGGGAAAAUGACCAAAAGACGUACCAUAAGGUUGAAUUGAUUGAGGUUAAACGUCACCUGGAAACCAAGUCUAAGUACGUACUCAACCUGCAGAAAAGUGGACUCAUUAAAGAGCGGGUAAGCACACCUGAUGUAAUGGAAGGCUACGAAGAUCCCGCUUAUGACGAGACCCUGCUAUCUAACAUUCCCGAAGAAUUCAAAGACUACACACUAGAGAAACUCGUCCACAACAGAAUCGAGCUGGAACACUUCCGGAACUUCCUUGCUGAGAACUAUGCCAGCAUGGAUAUCAUGUGCUGGAUGGAUAUAGAAGCGUUUCGACGAAUUUUGCACACAGAUGAGAAAAAACGUGACGUCAAGGCUCGGGAGAUUAAAAUGAAAUACCUCAAUAAGAAAUAUUUCUUUGGACCCAACAGUCCAGCUGGCAAGGAGGGACAGAAUAAGGUUGCAGAAGCUGGAGGUGGGUGGGGAAAGUUACUAGAAGAUCGACCCCCAAACCCCAUGAUUCUGGAAGCUCAGAAAUAUGUGCAGGAACGACUAGAGAAAAAAUGGCUGCCCCUCUUUCUUGUCACACCUGAUUUUGCUGUGCGCCAGAAGCCGAGAACCAAUAUGGAUGAUGUCGUUGAUGAUGUCAUCGUGCAGAAGAAAAAGAAAUCACUGAAUAUGCUGAAGUUAUUGGACAGCAAAUGGGUUUCAUCGUCAAAGGAGAUCAUUAUAUUCCGGAAAGCCCUGUUGAACCCAGUCACAUCGCUUCAGUUCAGAAGGUUCGUCUCUAUCAAGGGAGAUAGCCUCGAAAAUGAUGUGCUCUUCUGGUUGGAGGUACAAAAAUAUAAGGACAUGUACCAUGCUCACUCUGAAGAGGCAAUGAUUGUUCAGAAGAUCAACACUAUUAUCAACUGCUUCAUUGACUCCCAGAUCCCCCCGUCACUGCAGAUCGACAUCCCGCAGGAAAUGGCUGACAGAAUUCUUGACAGGAAAUAUGAAAAGAGUCCGUACCUCUUCCGAGAAGCACAGCUGGUGGUGUUUAGAGUGUUAUUCCCACUGUGGAACGAGUUCUCUGAAUUCCGGCUCAACAUUGCGGAAGAGAAGGUGUUGCCGACCAUCGAACGUCGGCGUAGGCACACGCGAGCCAAGGAGAGGAAGCAACAACAACUACUUGAGGAAAAGCAAGCUAGGGCUAAAUUUCGCUUAUAUCGUCCAAGGGAGGCAGAGAGGAGAGCUGCACUAGGGUUACCUCCCCUUGGUGAAGAUGAUGAAUUUCAUGACCCAUUUAAGGCUCUGGCAGGUGCCGAGAGCGUUGAAGGUGAUGGGGAUGGUGAGGACAAGGACAAAAUAUCCUGGACAUAUUCCAGCUAUGUGAACGGUCUUGAACGGGAACAGAUGCUUAACAACACCGACGAGUCAUCAUUUACAUCGCUGCUGACAGAUACUGCUUCAUUGAAGAGUGAGCCCAUGUCGGAGAAGGGCUCUGUGGGCAGUAAGCAGUCUGACCCUGAAAUCAAAGGAAGCAAGACGGAUGGAGAUUCCACGGGAACGGACAAGAAAAAGCCGGGGAAUGGUGGAAAUGGAAAUGGACGCAGAAGGAGCAGUAACUUAUCGUCCCUGGACGUCACCAGACGCAUGUCCCGCCAGUCCCGCGCUGACAGCAUUCACUCACAACGGAUCACGUUCCAGGAGCCAAAAUCUUCUCCCACAAAUACUUAAUGACUGAUCAAUUAGUGCAUAAUAGUAUAUAGUUAUCAUGCAGCAUAUACUGCUACUUUGACAUUGUUUGCAUUACUUGAACCAUAAGUUUCAACGAAGACUUGAUGUGUCAUUUAUUGUAGUUAUUUUGUUAUACAAUGGAUGUCAUUGAACCACCUGAUACAAAGGUUUACUAGUCAAAUGCUAACUGUUGAAAAACAAAGGCAUGUUGACUAAGAUCCAAUAUAAAAAAAAAAUGUUUGUCAUAAUCCAAUUAAAGGAGGGUCUAUCAACAUGACUAGGAAUGGCAGUGGUCAAAAUUAGAACUCCACCUGUGCUAAGUAAAACAUUUGCUGGGCUUACUCAAAAUCUGAGCUUUACAGGAGAGCUCUAGUUCAACCAACUGUUAUUUAUUAAUUAAUUGUCAAAAUAGAUUUAUUGUCUUCUUAUGCCAUUCGUCCAAUUUGGCAUUGUGUCUUUGAAGGGCACCGUACAUAAGGAUUAUGAAACGUUCAUGCUUAUGUCUAUUUUUCAUCAUUAUUUUUCAUAAUUCUAAUAAUUGCUUUUAUGAAUGUAGUUUUUGUAUUUAGAAUGUGACUCUGCAUUUGUUAAAAAAUUUGUAAUGAUUUUUUUAAAAUGAACGUGUAGUUGUAUGAUUGCUUUAAAUGAGUUUUUGAUUUGUUAUGAAUAUUGUUACUUAUUUUACAUAAUGAAAAUUAAUUUAUUUAUUCAUGUAGUUUAAGUUUGAUUAUGUAUUCUUUCUAGCUUUUAAUAUUGUAUUACUUUAAAUAAGAUAAAUUUUUAUUGUUGUACAUGUGUUUGUAUUUUACAUAACAUUGUUUAUAUAUUUGUUAAAUAUUCAUUGGGUUUAGAACAGAAUUGGUCUUAUAGAAUAUUAUAAACGCUUUUGAAAUAGACACUGAUCAUAUGCUUCAAAAUUAAGUAAAUUAACCCCUAUCAAUACGAAAAAAUAAAUGUUGAAUAAUUUUAAAAAUACUGUCGUCCCAUUGAUUAAAAAAAGGAUUUCAACUAUUAUUAUCAAAAGCAUAAUGCCUGUGUAUAUUGGAUAAAGCCUUUUCCAAAUGAUCUUAUCAAUAUAGAUUUUGUUCCAUUAUGUUUUUUUCAAUCUUAUAUAUCAAAGUAUUGAUAAUAUCUAUUUUGAUAAAAAUAUUAUUUGCUAUUUUAGACAAAUUUUAUUUGUUUUAAUUGACUAGUGAGGCUGACUGAAUAGUAUUUACAGACAUUCUAGAUCAUAGCAGAUUUUGGUGUUUAUCUGUUAAAAAACAAGGUCUCUAUUUUUUCUUAAUACUCUUUGCCCAGAUUAUUAAUAUUUGUUUCAAAAUACACCUAUUAGUUAAUGUUUCAACCUUCUUGAUAAGCCAGUUCUGUACUUGUUACCCAUGAUGAACUCUGCCAAACGACUGUGAUAUUCUCUUUAUUUUUGUUAAAUCGCCCAUUGGUUGCCAAAUGAGCUUACCAGCCUUCUUAUUUCAUUAAAUUAUGUUUUACACUUUAAUGCAUUUUGGCCAGCAAGAAAGUCAUUUUAGCAAGCAUGUCGUGAAUGCCCUAAUUAAGCUAGCAUGAAUGCCCUUUCUUUAAGCAAUGGAUGAAAUAUACAUACUUACCUCUUUCUUCGAUGUGAAACCACUUUUUGGAACCAUAAUUUGUAUCUAUUUGAAUCUUGUAUAUUAUAAUGGACCCAUCUUGUAUUGUUGUAAAGUCAUUCCGGCCUAAAUCUUUGGGACAAUAUACCUUACCGAAAACAUAAAAUAAUUGUUAUACAAGUUCUUUUAUUUGAAUCGUUGGUUGUAAUUUGAUACUAGUGGACUUGUUUUAAAGAUUAAAUUUGUAUAUUUCAUA